CUGUCCGCAGUCUCUGGUCAUCCCUGUGCUGUCCGCAGUCUCUGGUCAUCCCUGUGCUGUCCGCAGUCUCUGGUCAUCCCUGUGCUGUCCGCAGUCUCUGGUCAUCCCCUGUACUGUCCGCAGUCUCUGGUCAUCCCUGUACUGUCCGCAGUCUCUGUCUCUGGUCAUCCCUGUGCUGUCCGCAGUCUCUGGUCAUCCCUGUGCUGUCCGCAGUCUCUGGUCAUCCCUGUGCUGUCCGCAGUCUCUGGUCAUCUCCUGUACUGUGUCCGCAGUCUCUGGUCAUCCCUGUACUGUGUCCGCAGUCUCUGGUCAUCUCCUGUACUGUGUCCGCAGUCUCUGGUCAUCCCUGUACUGUGUCCGCAGUCUCUGGUCAUCCCUGUACUGUGUCCGCAGUCUCUGGUCAUCCCUGUACUGUGUCCGCAGUCCCUGGUCAUCCCUGUACUGUGUCCGCAGUCUCUGGUCAUCCCUGUACUGUGUCCGCAGUCUCUGGUCAUCCCUGUACUGUCCGCAGUCACUGGUCAUCCCUGUACUGUCCGCAGUCACUGGUCAUCCCUGUACUGUGUCCGCAGUCUCUGGUCAUCUCCU